UCAUCCGGUGCUGUGAACAACAUCUUCUGCAACCAACCGCAACAAUGGCCUUCAAGUUUGUCACUUUCGCCGCCCUGGUCGCCGUUGCCCGCGCUGGCCUCAUCGCCUCGCCAGCUGUCAGCUAUGCUGCUGCUCCGGCCGUAGUUGCGGCCCCGAUCGCUAAGGUCGCUUAUGCUGCUGCCCCGGCCGUCGUUGCUGCCGCCCCGAUCGCCAAGGUCGCCUACGCUGCCCAGCCCGAGGAGUACGACGCGAACCCGCAGUACUCGUUCUCGUACGGUAUCUCGGACGCCCUGACCGGAGACUCCAAGUCCCAGCAGGAAUCGCGCAGCGGAGAUGUUGUCCAGGGAUCCUACUCCGUCGUUGACCCCGAUGGCACCAAGCGCACCGUCGAGUACACGGCUGAUCCGCACAACGGAUUCAACGCUGUCGUCCACCGUGAGCCGCUGGCCACCAAGGUCAUCGCUGCUGCCCCAGUCGCCACCAAGGUCAUUGCUCAGCCCGCUGUCGCCUACGCCGCCCCAGUUGCCAAGACCAUCUCUUAUGCCGCCCCGGUCGCUAAGCUGGCCACUCCGGUUGCGUACACGACCGCGUACCAUCACUAAAUUUCUCGAUUGUCACCAAUCGGCACCGUUUGUAAAUAUCUUCAAAACCCCCGUUACAAGACGCACGCAUGGUUCGUUUAAUUUAUUAGACGAUUGUUUUGAACAUAAAUAACAAUCAAUUGAAUCCGUCAAAACCUCGAA